CCUCAAUUUCAGUUCUUACUGCAGCAGUACAGACUACAGACCAGCAACUAAUAAACCGGUAAACCCACGACUAAUUACUAAAUAAAGUUCUAUGUGAAGAUUUUAAGGUGUAAGGUAUCAUCGCAGACUGUGGCAUGGUUUAGGUCUUUAGGAGUAACUCCUAUACCAUCCAUGCUGUGGUAUCAUUAAUCAGGACAUCAAGUUUCUGAUUCCUUUAGGAUUGAAAUUGAUUCCCACAUUUAGCAUGGCUAGUGAAGAAUAUUCGGGGCUACAACUGAAAAAGGUGAAAAUUGAGAAGGAAAUGCUCUUUACCGGAAAGAAUUUGCGUUGCCAAAAUCCAUUACUCUUGAGCCAAAGUUGGUGUGGCUUCUUGUUUCUCGGAUAUUGGCGAGACAAUGAACACGAGAAAGAAGUUGUGGUGAGAAGAAUUCAGAAAACUGACUGCCGAGAGAACUGGAGAAACAUCAUUGAUCGACAUCUAGCAAACUCUCUAAACCACGAAAAUGUUUUGAAUAUUAUCGGAUAUGAGGAGGACAUGGAUCGCUGGAGAUAUUUCGCUCUUGAACGGUUCGACGCCACUCUGGAACAGUAUUGCAAUGGGGAAUACACGGGACCUAUGCCAUUGGAAGCUAACGCCCUUUGUCAAAUAUCCAACGGACUAAAUUAUUUACACGAAAAUGGGAUUUCGCAUGGUAAUCUAAACCCUCAAUCAAUUUUGAUUUUUGAUUCUCAGCCACUGAUGAUGAAGGUCUCGGAUUUCGGAUUUUACGGUGAAUCCAUUGGCGCGAAUAAAAGUUUAUGUCAACCGAAAUAUUGGAUGUUGCCGCGGUCUUGGUCAACUAUUUUAGAUCAAGACGGCCGUUUGCUGAUAAAAUCGACUGCUACGGUUUACGGAGACGUAUUUGCUGCUGGCUGUCUUUUUUUUUAUUUCCUAAAACGUGGACUGCAUCCAUUUGGCGACAUGGAAUCUAUUUUAAACAACAUGGCAGAAAAUAACCCAGUUAACCUUUAUAGAUUACAUAAAGGCCACUUUGCUUAUGAAUUGAUCAAGGAUAUGAUCGGGGAACCUCCUCAAAACGGGACCCAGUUUCUGCGCAUUGCCGCUACACAAUUCAAAAAUGUCAAAUUACCUGAAAUUGUCGCUUUGGAACGUUUACUCAAAGCUGAGAAGGAAAAAUCAACGGAAGCUCAACUUGUCAUGGUUCAGACCAUUUCCGAUUUGCAACGUUCCAGUGAGAGUAGCAAACGUGAGCUGGAAGCAGUCGCUGCUAAUCUAAAACAUGAUCUCGACGUCGAAAGAAAGAAAACAAUAGAAAUCACUGUUACUCUGCAGGACACUGAAGAGCUUGCGGAAUCCUUCCGUCAAAAACUAUUGGCUUUGAAAAAUGAAAAAGACUUGAAUGAGGCAACACUUAAGAAGGAGAAAAUCAAUCUUGAGAAGCAGCUUCUGGAACGUGAAACAACUUUGCAACGGACAAUCGGAGAACUCCAAACAAUUGACGUCACGUCUCUACAAACUGAAAGGAUGUCUUUGAAAGCCUUGUCUGAUUUGAAGAGCUCCAGUGAUAACGAUCGACGCAAGCUGGAAGGUACAAUCACCAAUCUUCAGCAGGAACUGGAUGCCGAGAAAAAAAAGAUAUCGGAGCUGGUUGUCUCUUUGCAAGAAUUAACGAAAGAAAAAAAAGAAGCGAAUGAGCGAUCAGAAUCCUUGCAGUGGAAGAUAUUUGUUUUGGAACGCGAAGUCGAAUUGAACCACAAAAAGCACGAGGAAGAGAAGCAAAGUCUUCAGAAUCAACUGCAGGAACGUACCGUCAUUGCCAAACAAUUUAGUGUAAGUCCAAAAGUGAACGAUCCGUCAGUACAAGUUCCCACUUUGGCGAUUAUGCCCGGUUCUAGUGACAACACCCAAAUCCAAAUGGAAGCCACCGUUGCCAAUCUGAAACUUGAACUUGAAGUCGAGAAACAACGUACUUCGUUGAAGGCGGUUUCGGUUCAGGCGCUAACUCUGGCCAGAAAUGAAGCCAACAAGUUUGCCGAUUCGCUCCAACGUAAACUAUCAGAUCUGGAGAUUCGAAUUAAAAAUCUGACCGCAUCUAAAGAAAAACAGGCCAAAGGAUUCAAAAGUUUGUUAGCGGACACCCGCAAACGAUUCGGGAAAGAAAAACAAGAUCUUUUGCUUCAACUAAUGGCCAUGGCCAGUCAAAAAUCUAAAUUGACUCUGGAAAAUCAAACCUUGUCAGAUGAAUGCAACUCGACUAAAAAAGAGAAAUCACAGAUUAUGGCGCAACUGGAAGAAGUUCAGCGUGAGUACCAAUCCCUUCGGAAUAAACUUGAUCCUCCCGUAGUUGAACUAUCGGAUUCGGAUCUAGAAGAUGAUAGAGCUGAUUUGCCAUUGCCCGAGACUUCACCUACAUCAGCACCUGUUGAACGACAAUUUAAAGAAACUUUGAGAUAUGUACCGGGAAGUAAGAAUUUCAUAAGCCGUUUCCAUCCAUUAAAACCGCUUCUCGCUUGCGUCUUCCUGUCGAAUCAAGUGACAUUUUUCACGGGGACUAGUGGGGCUGCACCCUUUUCGACUUGGAGAGAAAAUGCCGUUAAACUUCGAGGGCACAGUAUGAUGGAGAUUAAAGUUCUUGAAUGGAAUGAUGUAGGUAAUCAGUUGGCCGCUGCCUACAGUGACGGUGUUGUGAUCGUCUGGAGCUACCCGAGUGGAAAAGUCCUCUUUCAAAUGAAGAAACAUUUGAAGCAGGUCGAUCAACUAGAAUGGAAUCCAUAUCGAUCAAACAUAUUUGCUUCUCGUGAAAAUGGCCAGAAAGUAGUUUUGCUGUGGAAUUCGACAGCCGUUGGCUCAAACACAAAUCAUGUCUCCACAGUCGAACACAGGAAAAAUGUCGAAUGCGUGAAGUGGAUAUCUGAGAAUCUCAUCGCCCAGGGAUUAGUCGAUGGAACAAUUCAAGUAUCUGAAAUAGGUGGAAACCAAACGAAAACUUGUCUAGUCAAGCACAGCAAUACUGUUACUGAUUUAAUAUGGAAUGACACCACGCUAUAUUUUGCUUCUUGUUCCGAUGACAAAUGGAUCAAAAUUUGGUCAUUCAACACAACCAUCAAAGAGGCUAUGUAUGAGCUGAACGUCAUUUCGUACUGUUGCUGUUUAGCUUGGCGUUCGAACGGUACCACGGACGAUGGAAUUGAGGCAGCUAGGAAUUCUGCAGAAAAUUUCACUGUAGCCUGUGGCUUAGAGAAUGGAUCGAUUGUAAUCUGGAAUCCGUUGGCAAAGGGCCGAAAGCAUAGGAUGUUAAUGAAACAUUCAGAACCGGUCUUUUCAAUUUUAUUUUCACCCAACGAACGGUUUUUGGCAUCAGUGGAUUCGAAAAGUGAACUCAUCAUUUGGUCCACUAGGACUUGGAUACCCCUAUUCACAGGGAAAUGUGACAAAAAUUCCACUGGUUUAUCGUGGCUGGCUACCGAUUCAUCGGACGAUGCUGCUUAUAAGUUAGCCGUUAACUCUAAAGAUGGCCAGGUUCGCGUUAUUGAAUUCGCUAUUAUUGAAAUGGAAUAACCGCUGCUUAGGAGGAAUUACUUGUAGAUGUGCGGUCAGAUAAAUUAUCCAGUUAAUUUUUUCACGUAUGAUUUUUUUUUUUUGAAAAACACUUCCUUCGUUUCAUGUUCCGUUAUUUCAAACCAGAAGAAGUUUAGUUAAAUUUAAUUUGAAUAUACUUUAUUAUAAUUUC